UUUUAAAGCUGUGAAGGUUUCGAAAAUAGAACCUUAAGUAUAAAAACUACCUCAAAACUUAAAAGGACAAUAGAGAGAGAGAAGAAAAGCAUACUUUUACAUUAAGAGAAACCCAUAUAACAUUGCUAUAAAUUGUGCUUUGUGUAACUAUCUACCUUUCUUCUCCUUUGCUUUUCCGAUUAACUACACAACUACUCUCUUAGUUUUCCUUGAACCAAAGGUAAUAAUUAUAUAUUAAUAAACCAAACCCAUUGUUCUCUUCUUUCAAAAUUCUCAUACAUUGAAAACAAAUAAACAAGAAUGUUCUCUCUCUCUCUCGAUCGAGACAUUUCUACUUGUUCCCUUUUGCCGCCAAAAAUGUUGUCAUUAUCGUUUCUAGUUCCAUAAAGCUCAACCCUUUCCUUUUUAUGUGUUUCGCUUGUUCAGGUUUAUAUUUAUAAAAAUAAGAAAAUAUGGAGAACCAACAGUUGAGAAAACAAUGGCGUUGGCUACUUUGGUCGUCAGCCAUGGCGGGUUUAGUACUGUUCUUCUUCUUCUUCUUCUUUAUCAAUGGUUGCUCUGAGAUUAAGAGUACUUAUGUUGUCAGAAGAGCAUUAAGGAGUAUAGGAUAUUCACUCGAUGUCCAGCUACAAGCCAGUAGGGCUCGACAGGUUGUUAUAUUAGACAAUGGCCUUGUUCGACUCACAUUUUCGAAACCAGGGGGUGAUGUAAUUGGAAUACAAUACAAUGGAAUAGACAACUUGCUUGAAACAGAGAAUGAAGAAAAGAACAGAGGGUACUGGGACAUUGUCUGGGACUCGAAGCCAGGAGACAAGACUAUCAAUAUUGACACAUUACAAGGAGCAAAAUUUGAGGUUAUAAAGGCAGAUAAGGAUGGAGCAGAAAUUUCAUUCCGCAGAACAUGGAAUGUUUCCACAAGUGGCAAAACAGUUCCAUUAAAUAUAGACAAAAGGUACAUAAUGUUGCGUAACUAUCCAGGGUUUUACACAUAUACGGUACUUGAACGUUUAGAAGGAUGGCCUGCAUCUGAAAUUGGCCAAGUUCGGAUCGUUUACAAGCUUCGAGACGACAAGUUUCGCUACAUGGCUAUUUCGGACAAUAGGAAAAGAGUAAUGCCAACAAUGAAGGAUCGGCUUAAUGGCCAACCUCUUGCUUAUCCAGAAGCUGUUCUCCUCACAAAACCAGCUGACCCUCAGCUCCGAGGAGAGGUGGACGACAAGUACCAAUAUUCGUCUGAAAGCAAGGACAACAGGGUCCAUGGUUGGAUUAGUACUGAUGAGUCUCCUGUUGGGUUCUGGAUUAUCACGCCCAGUAUCGAGUUCAGAGCUGCUGGGCCUGUCAAACAAGAGCUCACUUGUCAUGCUGGCCCAAUUGCCCUCUCUAUGUUUACAAGUGCUCACUAUGCUGGAAAGGAUAUAGCAAUGACAUUUGAAGAAGGGGAGCCAUGGAAAAAGGUUUAUGGGCCAGUUUCUAUUUAUCUUAACUCAAUUUCCACCGAUGAAGAUCCUCUUUCACUUUGGGAUAAUGCUAAACAAAAGAUGCAAGAAGAAGUUAGAGCAUGGCCAUACAAUUUCCCUCAAUCCAAAGAUUACCUUGUCUCUAAUCAAAGAGGCAGUGUUGGAGGCAGAUUAUUAGUUCGUGAUAGAUACCUUUCUCGAUUUCCUUUCUUUGCUCGCUAUGCUCAUGUGGGAUUGGCUGCACCUGGUGAGGUUGGAUCAUGGCAGAAGGAAAGUAAGGGGUAUCAAUUUUGGACUAAAACAGACAGACGGGGUUUUUUCUCUAUAAGAAAUGUUCGACCUGGCAACUACAGUCUAUAUGCAUGGGUUCCUGGUGUUGUUGGAGAUUAUAUGUAUAACAUACUUGUUACAGUUGAACCAGAAUCACAUAUUCCCUUGGGAAAUUUAGUCUAUGAACCCCCAAGAAAUGGUCCAACACUAUGGGAAAUUGGUACCCCAGAUCGUAGUGCUGCUGAAUUUUACGUACCUGACCCUUAUCCAACUCUCAUGAACCAAUUAUAUAGCAAUCACCCGGACAAGUUUAGGCAAUAUGGCUUGUGGGAUCGUUAUGCGGAUUUAUAUCCUAAUAAUGAUUUAGUUUACACUGUUGGUGAGAGUGAUUAUAAAUCGGAUUGGUUUUUUGCCCAAGUCGUCAGAAAUGUGGGAAACGAAACUUAUGAAGGCACCACAUGGCAGAUUGUAUUUCAACUUGAAAACGUAAUAAGGCCAGCGAAUUACACGCUCCAAUUAGCAUUGGCUUCAACUAGCAACAUGGAGUUGCAGGUUCGAUUCAACGACCUGAAAUCAGAGGCUAUCUUCACAACCGGCCUAAUAGGCAGAGACAAUGCCAUUGCAAGGCAUGGAAUCCAUGGAUUGUACUGGUUUUACAGCAUAAAUGUACCAAGCACUCUACUCCUCCACGGCAACAAUGUUAUUUAUCUUUCUCAAACAAGACAUUUGACCGCUUUCGAUGGACUUAUGUACGAUUAUAUUAGAUUCGAAGGACCUCCUAGAACAUGAGAUUAGAUUAAUUAUAAAUUAUUUUUUUCUUUCUCCAUAUUCUUGUGUAUAGGUCGAUUAAUAGAAUCCAUUCUUUACAAUUUUUUUUAUUUGUAAUAAUAAGUUAUUAUGUUUUUAAUAAUUCCUUUCUAAUUGUUUAAUUUAUUUGUUUUUCAAAGUUUAUGUAAGUGAAUAAAGUUUCAAUUGGAUAGAAGAUCAUCAAUA